UGCUUUCACUCUCGCGUCGGCCGGCGGCGCUGGGAGCGACGGCUCUGGCAACCCGAGCACUCCGGCGACCGGAGAGAGCUCCUUCCCGAGCGCAUCACCCAAAUCCCCUCCCCGACCGCACCGCCUCGAAGCUGUACACCGCCACCAACCUCCUUCCGAUCUGUACUCCGCCUUGAAGAUCUUCUCCGCUCCGGCGACGAUGACGGUGGUCCGGUGAGCAAGGUACUUUGCCCCAGGGUAUAAGUGGCUUGUCCAAGCCUGUAGUUGGUCAGCUGCAAGCAGCGUAGCAGGAAGGAAGUACUCAGACAAGCCAAGAAGUAGGGCAACCGCAUAUGAAUCCAUCAAAUCAAUUAUCUCAACCAACAUUGGUAACUGGAGAUUCGGAAAAUGAAAAUCAAUUAUCUCAAAGUGGCUUGUCCAAGCCUAUAGUUGGUCAGCUGCAAGCAGCGGAGCAGGAAGGAAGUACUCAGACAAGCCAAGAAGUAGGGCAACCGCAUAUGAAUCCGUCAAAUCAAUUAUCUCAACCAACAUUGGUAACUGGAGAUUCGGAAAAUGGAAACUUCAUCCAACAGGAGCAACACCAUUACCAGCCAGAAGAGCAGCCACGUUCUGAGAAUCAACUGCAGCAAUCUGAAAAAGGAACAGAGUAUGUUAGUCAACAGAGUUUGACAGGUUCUAUGGAAGAUGCCUCUCAGCCUCGUCUAGACCAGCAGCAUGUAAAUCCAGUGGCUGGUCAGCAAGCACCACCUGGUGCCCAGGAAACACGGAAGAAAGGAUAUCAGCCAUCCAUACCAUUUAAUAUGUUGAUUCCAAUCCUACAGGAGCAUCUUGACAGAGAUAAAGAUAUGCAGCUUCAAUCUGUAUGGGCAAAACUUAGGCGUAAUGAAGUCCAUAAAGAUGAUUUUUUAAGAGUCAUAAGGAAUAUCGUUGGGGAUCAAAUGCUUAAGCAGGCAGCCCAUAAAGUUUUUGCACAGAUGCAAGCUCAGGCACAACGAAAUAAGCAGGGAAAUGCAAAUCAGCAUUCUUUCUCACCUCAAGCGUCUACACAACAGAGUUCUGCCAGUGGAUCAGCAAAAUUGCCUGAUCAGCAAGUUCGCAUGCCUACCCCACCUAACCAGGUUCAGAAAAGCCAGGCGUCAUCUUCACCUCAGACCUUUGUGCCACUUUCAGGCACACAAAUGCAUAACAGUAUGCACUACUUUGCUCAUGAUAAUUCCAUCCAAACGCCAGAUGCAAAGGGGGUGCAUGCUAUGCCAAAUCGACCACCUAUCAUGAAUCCGUCAACUCCAUUGCAGACAAGUAACAAACAGCUGCAACCCACAAAAAUCCAGCAAGUCUCGCAGCAAUUAUAUGGAGCCACUAACACUCCUCAGUCGUACCCUCGUCCAACCAUUGGUUCGAUGCCUCUUAGACCACAGAGUUUAGCAUCUGAAACACGACCUCCCUUGCAUUCUCAUGGAAUGGUUCCGGCGAAAAUUGGCACUGUUCCUACUCAUCCCACAAUACAACAGAAUGCACCUGCACGCCAAAUGCAACAAAACAAGGAUAUGAAAAAUCCUUCGGCGAAAUUGCAUGGAAAGCAGGCCGUCCCUAAAACAUCUACACCACCUGCUGCAAAGACUAAUAAGAAAUCAGGUGGCCAGAAGAAACCAUUGGAAAUGGCUGGCUCUGCACCAGCACCAUCCAGCAAAAAACAAAAGACAGCUGGAGCCUUCCAGGAGCAGAGCAUUGAUCAACUUAAUGAUGUCACAGCUGUUAGUGGUGUUAAUCUUAGGGAAGAAGAAGAACAACUGCUCUCCGCCCCGAAGGAAGAGAGCGCAGCCUCAGAAGCAGCACGGAGAAUUGUACAGGAAGAAGAAGAAAAUCUCUUUCUGCAGAAGGGCCCUCUUCUGAAAAAACUAGCAGCAAUCAUUCUUAAAUGUAACUUGAAGAACGCCAGUGCUGAUGUUGAGCGGUGUUUAUCAAUGUGUGUGGAGGAGCGACUGCGACGAUUCAUAAGUACUCUCAUAAGAGUUUCGAAGCAGAGAAUCGACACGGAAAAGACUGGUCAUCGACUAGUUAUUACUUCAGAUGUCGGCCGUCAAAUUUUGCAGAUGAACCAGAAAGCUAAAGAAGAAUGGGACAAAAAACAAGCAGAAACUGACAAGAACAAGAAACAAACUGAGGAUGAAGGCAGUGGUGCUGCAGAAUUGGACAGAGAAAAAGAGGAAAGUCGGCCAAAGAAUGCGAAGCCCAACAAGGAAGAAGAUGAUAAAAUGAGAACAACAGCUGCAAAUGUUGCUGCCCGGCAGGCAGUUGGAGGAAGUGACAUGCUGUCAAAGUGGCAGCUGAUGGCUGAACAAGCUAGGCAGAAGCGAGCACCAGUACCGAGGCCAGCACAUGGAUCUGGAAAAGGUUCGGCAGAACAGAAUGAAGCUUCAAAGAGGAGCCAUUUUGCAGCCUUCGGAACUGGAGGCACCAAAAGGCAAGGCAAGGGUUCAUUCGCUACGCGUCACUCGCAUGGGCCACAACGAACUGUUUCAGUGAAGGAUGUAAUCUGCGUCCUGGAGAGGGAGCCUCAGAUGACGAAAUCACGGCUAAUUUAUCGGCUAUACGAGCGAUUACCUGGAGAUUUCACCACAGAUUAGGCUGAAUUAUGUAGUGUAACUUAUAGCGUGUAACUGUUUGUUGAUGCACAGCCCUUCGCUUCAGACUGACGUGUUCCAUUCGAUAUGGUGGAUUGCAGUGAUCAGAUAAAUUGAUGAUAGCCCAGCUAGUUGACAUGAUACAUCUCUUAAACACAUAAGAUGGUGAAUAGCCAUCAAACUGAUUCUGUAAGAUUCCAGUGUAAAGUGCGUCUUAUGAUAAGAGAGACCUUGGAUUCUCA